UUUGGGGCCCUUGCUGUGUCUCCCUGUCCCCUGCUCUCUGCCUUCCUCUCCUUCACCCUGGUUUGCAGGCGAAGCUGGUGUCUGCUUCUGUGCUCAGGAGUUGACUGCACUUGGCCAUUUCCUGGAAGAGCCCCAGCCUGAGGGCAAGCGGCCGAUGGGGAGCUGUUACUGCUGAUGCCAGUCACCUGGGAGGUGCCCAGGAGGUCACCCUCUGCCCAAGUCUGCCCAACCGAAGAUGGCUCGUGCCCACCCUGGGAUGGAGCCCAGUGCCUGAGGUCCUUACCAUGGUGAUGAUCCUGAGUAAAAGCCUCGACAACCAGGGAGCUGACUCCAUAGCAUGCAGGACCUUCAACCCUGAGCUGCACACGCCAAAGAAGAUGAGUCAAGGACCGACACUUUUCUCUUGUGGAAUUAUGGAAAAUGACAGAUGGAGAGACCUGGACAGGAAAUGCCCUCUUCAGAUCGAGCAGCCGAGCGCCAGCAUCUGGGAGUGCCUGCCCGAGAAGUGUCAGGACGGCGCUCUCUGGCACCGGGAGGCAGCGACUGCCUGCGCGGUGACCAACCUGAUCAAAGACCUCAGCCUCAGCGACCACAACGGGAACCCCUCAGCACCCCCCAGCAAACGCCAGUGCCGGUCACUGUCCUUCUCCGAUGAAAUGUCCAGCUGCCGGACAUCGUGGAGGCCCUUGGGCUCCAAAGUCUGGACUCCGGUGGAGAAGAGACGCUGUUAUAGCGGGGGCAGCGUCCAGCGCUAUUCCAACGGCUUCAGCACCAUGCAGAGAAGCUCUAGUUUCAGCCUCCCCUCCCGGGCCAAUGCGCUGUCCUCGCCCUAUGACCAGGCAGGGUUCCACCACCGCUUUGGAGGUCAGCCCUGCCAAGGGGCGCCGGGCUCGGCCACCUGUGGACAGGCGGGCGACAUCUGGAGCCCUGACCCGACCCCCGUGGGAGGUGGCCGGCUCGACAUGCAGCGGUCCUUCUCCUGCUCGCACGAGCAGUUUUCCUUUGCGGAGUACUGUCCACCCUCAGCCAACAGCACACCUGCCUCAACACCAGAGCUGGCCAGGCGCUCCAGCGGGCUGUCCCGAAGCCGCUCCCAGCCGUGUGUCCUUAACGACAAGAAGGUCGGCAUUAAGCGGCGGCGCCCAGAAGAGGUGCAGGAGCAGAGGCCUUCCCUAGACCUUGCUAAGAUGGCACAGAACUGUCAGACCUUCAGCAGCCUCAGCUGCCUGAGUGCGGGGAUGGACGACUGCGGCCCGCACAGCCCCUUCGCCCUCCACGUCAGCAGCACCAGGUCCUGGACUGCCUUGCUCUCGGCCUCGGCCUCCAGCCUGGGGGGCAGGACCCCCGCCGGGACCCCGGUCCCUGAGCCUCUGCCCCCGGCCUUGGACGACCAGCUCGCCUGCAAGGAGGAGCAGUGCUGCGAGGAGUCAGGUGGCUGUGCCCCGGGUGAGGGCUGUGGCAGGGGCUGGGGGCCGGCCACGGCCUGGCGGGACCGCGGGGUGGCCGGGAACAGCCCCUGCUCCCUGGACGGCGAGUUGGACAUCGAACAGAUAGAGAACAACUGAGGGGCAGCGGGCACCGGGCGGGCACUUGAAGCGGGGAGCCCCACCCGGGGAGCUCCCCAGGGGCGUCGGGUCCCGGGGAGCGUGCGCUCUGGCUCCGGAGAGGCUGUCCCGCCCGUGGGCCUGGCCCCGCCGCGCGGCCGACCGCCCCGGCUCCUCCCAGCACGGCGGCCGCGUCCACCGGGCCACCGGAGCCCGAGAGCAGCUUCUUGGUCUGGGCCCCUUCCCUCCCCACCCCCGUUCCUCGCCGGCCACCCCACCGGGCGCCUCGCGCAUCUCCCGCAGGGCUGGACGCUCUGCACGUGCGACUCCCAGGGAGGCUGGUUGCGGGGCUUGUGCUCAGGGCCAUACGGUGGCGUCAGGCCCUUCCCGGCCUCCUGCUCAGGUUCAUUUUGGGGGGGGUCGGCCCCACAGCUUCUUUUCACUCCGUUUUAUUCCGUGCCUUCUCCCCCAGGUAUCCCUGCUCCCGACUUGGGAAGGUUCGGGAGAUGCUUCCCUCUGUAGUAACACCGGAACCGUUUGGCCUUAAUUCCAAGGGUGGGAGACGGAGGCCCCUGGGGUGCCGGGAGGGGGCUCUCCACGCCGGAACCCUGGGGGCCUGGGGGACGGCUCGGGCUGCUCGUCCGAGGCGUCUGCGUCGGGUGGACAUGGGUGGCUAUGUUGGCCGAGAAGAUAGACCUCCUUGCCUCUCCCGCGGCGCGGAGAGCCUGACCCCGUGGCUCUGUGCCACUCCGGGGGCCGCUUGGGCAGGCUGGCACGCGGCAACCAUUCUCUGUGGCGAAAUGGCCACUGCGUGAUUAGCUUAGCUGAUUCAGGUGAGUGCAGAGAGGUCACCAGUAACGGGAAACCUCUCGAAAACGUCCUCAGGAGGCAGGAGCCGGGAGCAGGUGCACACACCAGGCCCUGUGCACGUUUUGGGGGUGGAGGAUGCCUGUUGGCUGCUCGGGGGGGGGGGGGGGGCGGGCCCGGGGGGGGGGCCCGGCAAGGCCCUCUGCAGAAUUCUAAGCACACUGUCGCUGUCUGGUGGGACUGCUGCCGGCUUCGGUCAGGCACACCAGCCACCUCCGGGGCGAGCGCCCCUGCUGGCCAGCGGGGGGAGCAGUGCGCGGAGCGUCCCCUGCCCUCCACCCUGCCGCAGGCCCAGAGCGCUGUCCCCAGCUCCCUGCACCCCUGUGGACUCCCCGCUCACGGGGAACCCCGACCCCCUGAGGUUUUGCUCUCGGGCAGCCUGGCCGUCAGACGCCCCACGUGGGCCCUGCUCUCUCGGAGUCUGGCUCGUAGCCAACCUGGCAUCUUCCACAGCCAAUGGCAAGUGGCUCCUUUCCCCGUAGGGCUAAAGACAACUGGCGCGUUUCUCUUGGGUUUGCGGACGUGUGACAAAGGCACGUCCGUAGUCUCUUGUGGACAGCGAGCGCCUCGCUUCCACGGCGUGAGUGCACACGGUUCUCGCGAAAGGCCUUCUUCGGGCGGCUUGACUCACUCCUUCGCUAGAUCAGAAGCUUGGCGCUCAGGUUCUGGUUUCUAGGUGGCGUUUCUUAAAAACCGGCCCUAAGGUGCUCGUAGAGAAAACCCCCCCUCAGUGGCCCUCCGAGGUUGUGUUGAAAGGCCUCAGGGUGGACGGCAUGGUGGUUGUGCGGGCGCCGGGCAGGCCCCGGGGCCAGAGCCGGCUACGCUUCGGUGGCCCCCACCAAAGCCCCGUCCCCCGGGGACCCUGGAGAGCCAGAGCCGGGAGCCGGUGGCUCUGGGUGCACACGCCGUCUCCCCUGAUGCCCACCCAGUGGGUCCCGGAGGCCACGUCUUAGAGCAAACCCGGAGGAGCCUGGCAGCCUGUGAAUUUAGAGAGCACACGCGGGUGUCUUGUGUCCUCGGAAAGCCUGGGGGGGGGGGUGGGACUGGCACCCCGCCCCCACCGAGUGGCCGCGGGGGGAGCCGUCCUUCCUGUGGAAGGAGAGGCAGGGCCCGACCGCUGGUCUACACCACGGUGAGGGACCGAGAGCUGAACCGGGUAGGCCUGAGCGGUGACCCCCAGCCGCCUUUCCUCAGGCUCAGGCGGGGAGCACAUGGCAGUGGGGGUGUCACAGGGCCGUGGGGUGGGUGACCUGCCUUCAGAGCCUGCCGGCCCCCUCCUCCCUUCUCGGGCCUGGUGGCGAGAACGGAGCUGUGAGCUUGCAAAACGGCCCCAUCCUUCCUGCCUCCUCCCAGGCUGGUCCCGUCGACCCAUAGAUCCAGUCCCAGGGUGCUUUUGGGCAGAAGGUACCGCAGCCCAAGGCAAGAUCUGGCCCUCCGGCCUCCACCGGCCCCUCUCUGCUGUCCUACUCCCACCGAAGCUCCUAGCCCAAGCCUCCAACAGCGGCGGUGCAGUUGGGGUGGGGGGGGAGACAAUGGCCACUGUCCCCUCUGCCCAGAGAAAGAAAGGCCCGUCAGUUAUUUCGUGUUGGGAGAGAGCUGGCCCCCUGCAGGAGGCGCCGCCCCACUGUGCAGGGAGUCAAGCGUAUGCCCACCCUGCCGACCCCAGGACUUCGGUCUUGAGGCGCUUGGAGGGAGGCUCGCCCGGGAGGCUCCCUCUGCGUGUGGCCGUCCCCAUGGGGCAGCGGGUGUGCUGACAGGCUCCCCGCUGUUGUCCAGGCCCUGCCCCUCCUGGUGGGUGCCCGCGACCUCCUGCCCCUGCAGGGAGAUGGGGGAAGUUCAGAGCCAGGAGGGUGGGCUGUGCCUGUCCGCCUGCCCGCUCGGGGGUCCGAAAGGACAAAAGCAGGGUGGUGGCUCCGGGAGGGCUGGGAGGAGAGGAGAGGCAUCCCCACCUGUUCCAGAAGGAGCAUUUUCUACAGCCGCCCGACCGACAGGAGCUGCCGGCUGCUCGCAGGCCCGGGCCGGGGUUAGGGCCGAAGCCUCACCGUUUACAUGACCGCAGACCCUCUUGCCUUACUCGCGGCAGAGGCCGGGGCCUGGCCCCGGGCCCGCGGGCAAACACAACAUCCAGGCCACAGGGGUGCUUGUUCUGAUCAUACGUAGAUCUUCAUUCUCAGAAAGCCUUACUUCUCAUCAAAAUUUUUGUAGCAGGAAAGUUUUGUGAAUUUGUACGCUGGAAGAAAAUUUAAAUAAAGGAAAAGUCCGCAUUAAAAAGAAAACGAACCCAAAUGCUCAAAUGGGUCUCCUAGUGCAGGGGCGGUGUGCGAUUUCCCUGCUCUGGCUGAUGCUGCCCGGGCAGGGGUGGGGGGUGGGGGGUGUUCAGGUGGGGGGGGGCGCUGCGUGUCUGAGUGAGCUUCCGUGGGAUUUAAAUCACAGCCCCGGAGGCUCUGCCACGGUGUGGGCCGCGCCUCCAUGUCUGCCCAGGAGGCUCAAGUCACGUGCACGCUGUGGCCUCGGGGCUGUCCCCUGACCGAUGACUGCUUCGGGCCUGGGCGUGAGCAGUGCCCCAGGCACGGGGCUCGGCCAGGGCCGAGGCUGGGGCGGUCCAGGGUGCUGUGCUCCCCGUACGGGCCAUGACACCGCACCUUGCCACAUCCACAUAGUUGGUCAAACCCCUCCCAUUGGCUCCAGCCCGAGAAAACACUGCCUAAUUGUUAAAGAGAAAAGAAGAGAAAAAGACGGUAAUAAUAAAAGAGAAAAAGAACCCAGACCACAGCAGAGAUCUCGUAGCCUAGGUAGGAUAGUCUGAUCUUCUAGCAUAGUCUCUUUGGCAAAUAAAUUGUGUGUUCAGCGCGUGGGGGGGGAUGUCCCGGGGGCUCGGUGACGGCUCGCGGGCCGACUCGGGGGCCGUAGCGUGCUUCCCCGAACCGACCGUCGUCGGGGCCGCAGAGCUUCAGGAAGUGUGGCGGCCGGAGCGGGUGGCACCGGGCCGGGCCCUGCCCGGGACAGAGCCGUCUGUGUGCCGCCCUCCGCCCCGGCCGCCCGUCCUCCCACGCAGGCCGCGACCGUCUUGCACUAGCACCGCUCUAGUCUCUCAGGAAUCUGCUUGUUAUUCUUACUGUGUAAAUAAAGCUUCCUGGUUCAGUCCCCAGCC